GUGCUUCAGGACAUCAAGCGGCACGCCCAAGCCCUGGAGUGUGGCCUUUUAGUAACCCUUGAGCAUGCAAAGGGGAGAACCUUGCUGCCUCUUCCAGUAGGCUCGGAAAAUAUGGAGUUCAUGGAUUGCCAAAGUGAACCAGUGAUUGGGGCUGGAGAGAUGGCUUCAUGGUUACAGGUGCUUGCCUGCAAAGCCAAAGAACCCAGCUUGGAAUCCAUAGAUAAGUCAGUGGUCUAUGACAUUGAAUCUGCAGUUAUCAACUGGAGCCACCAAGUCCAAGCCGUACUCAAGAAACUAUCCUCUCAACCACUCUUACAAGGGGACAAUCCAACGCCGAAGGUGGAGCUAGAGUUCUGGAAGAGGAGGUGUGAGGAUCUGGAAUCCAUUUAUAACCAGCUGAGGACAAUUAAGGUGAGAGGCAUGGCUGGCCUCCUGCACAAGCUACAGAGCAGCUACUUGCCAGCUCUGCAAGCCAUGGUCAGAGAUGUUGUCACAGCUCUGAUGGAAGCUCAAGACAUCCAUGCGCACUUGUCACCACUGCAACGCCACCUGGAGGCCCUAGAAAGCGUGAGCUUCCCCGGCAUGAAGGCCAAGCUGCGGCCUCUGCUCCACGUGGUCUGUCUGAUCUGGGCCUCCUGCAAGGGCUACCGCUCCCCAGGGAGGCUCAUGGUGCUGCUGCAGGAAAUCUGCAACCUUCUCAUCCAGCAGGCUUCCAAUUACCUUAGCCCCGAAGACCUCCUGAGAAAUGAGGUAGAAGAAAGUCAGAGAAAACUGCACACGGUUUCAGACACCUUCAGUUUCUUUAAGAAGGUGUUUCAUGACAGAAGGGAGAAUCUACACACGUACUUCAAGGAGAAGCAGGAAAUCAAGGAAUGGGAUUUCCAGCCUUCUCUGGUCUUUGUGAGGCUAGAUGGCUUCCUAGGCCGGCUGCAUGUGGUGGCGGACCUUCUGGAGACAGUGUUGGAUUUCCACAAACUGGAGAAGCUUGAGUUUAGUGGCAUCCGAGGAAAUGCCCUGAGUCAGCAGGUCCAGCAAAUAUAUGAGGAGUUUCAGGAGAUGUACAAGGUCUUCUCAGAGUGCUCCUAUGACUGCUUGGACCCCCAGAAUACGGAAUUUGAAAAUGAUGUUUCUGAAUUUAACCAAAGAGUAGAAGAUCUUGAUCAGAGACUGGGAACUAUCUUUAUUCAAGCUUUCGAUGACACGCCUGAUGUGGAACAUGCCUUUAAGCUGCUAGACAUCGCAGGAGGCCUCCUCGAAAGACCAUUGGUGGCACGGGAUGUGUCGCAUAAAUACCCGGUCCUCAUCAGAAUGUUUAGCAGAGACCUAGAUGCCGUGCAAAUCAUCUACAGUCAGCAUGUCCAGGAGGAGGCAGAUCAUGGAUUUUCUACAGUGCAUAAGAACAUGCCUGCCGUGGCUGGGGGCAUCCGCUGGGCUCAGGAGCUGAGGCAGCGCAUCCAGGGCCCCUUCAGCAACUUCACACGCAUCCAGCACCUUUGCAUGAAAUCCGCCGAAGGAAAGCAAAUGAUUCAGAAAUAUGAAGACGUGAUGUCACUGCUGGACAAGUACGAGACGAAGCUUUAUGAGGACUGGUGUCAGACAGUAUCAGAGAAGUCACAGUACAAUCUGUCCCUGCCACUUCUGCAGCGUGACCCCAUCACAAAGCAAAUCACAGUCAACUUCAACCCACAGCUGAUUUCAGUGCUGAAAGAAAUGCGAUAUCUUGAUCCCAGAAGGACAAAGCAUAUCCCCGAGCCUGCAGCUGCAAUGUUUUCCUCUAGGGAGUUCUACAGGCAGCUUGUGGCCAACCUGGAGUUGAUGGCAAAUUGGUACAACAAGGUUAUAACAACUCUGCUCGAGGUGGAAUUUCCUCUAGUGAAGGAAGAGCUGCAGAAUAUUGAUCUGCACUUGAGAGCUGCAGAGGAAGCUUUGGACUGGAAAACAGAAGGCAUUUGGGAUUAUGUCAUUCAAAUCACGAGUAGCAUUCAUGAUCUUGAACAACGAAUUCAAAAAUCUAAAGACAAUGUGGAAACAAUUCAAAACAUAAUGAAAACCUGGGUGUCUCCUAUAUUUAAGAAAAAAGAUGGAAAAACAGAAUGCCCUCUUUCUCUGGAUGAUCAACAGGAUCGCAUAGAAAAGUACUACAGUCUCAUCAAAGAAUCUGGCCUUAAGAUUCAUUCCCUUGUUCAGGAAAACCUGGCUCUGUUUUCAGCAGACCCAGCCUCCAGCAUCUGGAAGACUUAUGUUAACUACAUUGAUGACAUGUUACUGGAAGGAUUCUUUCUUGCCAUUGAGUGCUCACUCAAGUACCUACUUGAAAACACCGAGUGUAAAGCUGGACUCACCCCAAUAUUUGAAGUACAACUCAGCCUCAUCAUUCCAGAGUUAGUUUUCCAUCCAUCUCUGGAGUCUGGAGUGAAGGGGGGCUUCUAUGACAUCGUUGAGGGUCUUGUCAGCAGCAUCUUUGGGAUGUCUUCCCUGGUCCCCAGGCUUUCCCCACACCGUGGCUCUCCUCAUUAUCAGGUGGACCUGGAGAGCAUGGCUGACCUGGCCAGCCUGCGGGGUGCGUUCAUGGAGAGGAUGCAGAGCAUGGUGGCUCUCUGCUGUGGCUACCGGAACACCUUCAGCCAGUAUUCCUACCUCUACAUGGAAGACCGGAAGGAGAUUCUUGCUCAGUUUCUGCUGUAUGGGCAUAUCCUCACACCCGAGGAGAUAGAAGCUCACGCAGAAGAAGGCAUCCCGGAGAACCCACCCCUCCUCUGUCACUUUAAAAUGCAGAUCGACUCCUAUGAAAAGCUCUAUGAAGAGGUGGGCAGCCUGGAGCCCACCAAGGUGUUUGAUGGCUGGAUGAAAGUCGAUGUGCGACCCUUCAAGGUGUCUCUGCUGAACGUGAUUAAGAAGUGGAGCCUCUUGUUCAAGCAGCACCUCGUUGACUAUGUCACCAACAGCCUGGCUGACCUUGAAGUGUUUAUAAAAAGCAGUGAGCACGGUUUGCUCAAGAAAGUGGAGAAGGGAGAUUUCCAGGGCCUGGUUGAGACCAUGGGACACCUGAUGGCCCUCAAGGAGCGGCAGAGCAGCACUGAUGCCAUGUUUGAGCCCCUCACGCAGACAAUUGAACUGCUGAAGGCCUAUGAGCAGGAGCUGCCUGGAGCUGUGUUCAAGCAGCUGGAGGAACUUCCUGAGAAGUGGAACAACAUAAAAAAGAUGGCUGUUGCUGUGAGGCAGCAGGUGGCCCCCCUGAAAGCAAAUGAAGUGACCCUCCUCCGCCAGAGGUGCACAGCCUUCCAUGGAGAGCAGCAGCAAUUCUGGGAGCGGUUCCGCAGAGAAGCCCCCUUCAGGUUUGAUAGCAUCAACCCGCAUCAAAUGCUGGAUGCCAGGCACAAGGAGAUCCAGCACAUGGAAUCCACCAUGGCUUCCAUCUCAGAGUCAGCUGGCUUGUUUGAGGUCAAUGUUCCUGACUACAAGCAGCUGAGGCAGUGCAGGAAGGAGGCCUGUCUGCUGAAAGAGCUCUGGGACACCAUUGGAAUGGUGACCUCCAGUAUCCGUGCCUGGGAGUCUACCAUGUGGAGGGAUAUCAACGUGGAAGCCAUGGACAUGGAGUGCAAACAGUUUUCUCGACACAUGCGGAACCUAGACAAAGAGGUCAGAGCCUGGGAUGCAUUCACAGGCCUGGAAAACACCGUGAUGAACACUCUGACCUCUCUGAGGGCUCUGGCGGAGCUGCAGAAUCCAGCCAUCCGGGAGAGACACUGGAGGCAGCUGAUGCAAGCCACGGGCGUGAGCUUCACCAUGAAUCAGGACACCACCCUGUCUCACCUCCUGCAGCUCCAGCUGCACCACUUUGAGGAUGAGGUCCAGGACAUUGUGGACAGAGCUGUGAAAGAAAUGAGUAUGGAGAAGACCUUAAAGGAGCUUGAGACCACCUGGGCUGACAUGGAAUUCCAGUAUGAGUCCCACUUGCGGACCAGCAUCCCCCUGUUGCGAUCAGACGAGGACCUCAUCGAGGUUCUGGAAGACAACCAAGUGCAACUUCAGAACCUGAUGAUGUCCAAGUAUGUUGCUUUUUUCCUGGAAGAAGUAUCAGGCUGGCAGAAGAAGCUGUCUACGGCUGAUGCCAUCAUCUCUAUCUGGUUUGACGUACAGCGCACUUGGUCUCACCUGGAGAGCAUAUUCAUUGGAUCUGAAGACAUCCGGGCUCAGCUACCUCAGGACUCUAAGAGAUUUGAGGGCAUCAACACUGACUUUAAAGAGCUGGUGUAUGAUGCUCGGCAAACCCCAAAUGUCGUGGAAGCCACCACCAAGCCAGGUCUCUAUGAAAAGCUGGAGGAUAUCCAGCACAGGUUGUGCCUGUGUGAGAAAGCCCUGGCAGAGUACCUAGACACCAAGAGGCUUGCCUUCCCUCGGUUUUACUUUCUCUCCUCCUCUGAUCUGCUAGACAUCCUUUCCAAUGGCACAGCUCCACAACAGGUUCAACGCCACCUUUCCAAACUCUUUGACAACAUGGCUCAGAUGCAAUUCCAGCUAGAUGCCAAUGAAAACCCAACCAAGAUAAGCCUUGGCAUGUACAGCAAAGAAGGAGAAUAUGUUACCUUCAGUGAGCCCUGUGACUGCAGUGGCCAGGUGGAAACAUGGUUGAACCAUGUGCUUUGUCACAUGAAAGCCACUGUGAGACAUGAGAUGACAGAGGGAGUGACUGCCUAUGAGGAGAAGCCCAGGGAACAGUGGCUGUUUGACUUCCCAGCUCAGGUGGCCCUGACCUGCACUCAGAUCUGGUGGACGACAGAAGUGGGCCUUGCCUUCACCAGGCUGGAGGAAGGCUAUGAGAAUGCCAUGAAGGACUAUUACAAAAAGCAAGUGGCCCAGCUCAAGACCCUCAUCACCAUGCUGAUUGGCCAGCUUUCCAAGGGAGACCGGCAGAAGAUCAUGACCAUAUGUACUAUUGAUGUGCAUGCCCGGGAUGUGGUGGCCAAGAUGAUUGCUCAGAAGGUGGACAGUGCCCAGGCUUUCCUCUGGUUGUCCCAGCUACGCCAUCGUUGGGAUGAUGAGGACAAGCACUGCUUUGCCAACAUCUGUGAUGCCCAGUUUCUAUAUUCCUAUGAGUACCUGGGCAAUACACCUCGCCUGGUGAUCACACCUCUGACUGACAGGUGCUACAUCACUCUCACCCAGUCUCUGCACCUAACCAUGAGUGGAGCUCCAGCAGGACCUGCAGGCACCGGCAAGACAGAGACUACCAAGGACCUGGGUCGAGCCCUAGGCAUCAUGGUCUAUGUGUUUAACUGCUCAGAGCAGAUGGAUUACAAGUCUUGUGGCAACAUCUACAAAGGCCUGGCUCAGACUGGUGCCUGGGGCUGUUUUGAUGAGUUUAACCGAAUCUCCGUGGAGGUUUUAUCUGUGGUGGCAGUGCAGGUGAAGAGUAUCCAAGAUGCAAUCAGAGACAAGAAGCCUCGGUUUACCUUCCUUGGGGAGGAGAUCAGCCUGAAUCCUUCUGUGGGCAUCUUCAUUACCAUGAACCCUGGCUACGCCGGCCGCACAGAGCUCCCGGAGAAUCUCAAGGCUCUCUUCAGGCCUUGUGCGAUGGUUGUUCCAGACUUUGAGCUGAUCUGUGAGAUCAUGUUGGUAGCAGAAGGAUUCAUUGAAGCCCGGUUAUUAGCCAGGAAGUUCAUCACCCUAUACCAAUUGUGUAAAGAGCUUCUAUCCAAGCAGGAUCACUAUGACUGGGGCCUGAGGGCCAUCAAGUCUGUCCUUGUGGUGGCAGGAUCCCUUAAGCGAGGAGACCCUGACCGGCCAGAGGACCAGGUCCUGAUGCGCUCCUUACGAGACUUCAACAUCCCCAAGAUUGUGACUGAUGACGUGCCUGUGUUCUUGGGCCUGAUUGGGGACCUCUUUCCUGCCCUGGAUGUCCCCCGGAGGAGAGACCUGAAUUUUGAAGCCUUGGUUAGGAAAGCGGUGUUGGACAUGAAGCUCCAAGCUGAGGAUAACUUUGUGCUCAAGGUGGUCCAGCUGGAGGAGCUGCUGGCUGUGCGUCACUCUGUGUUCGUGGUGGGCAACCCUGGAACUGGCAAGUCACAGGUGCUGAGGUCCUUGCACAAGACCUAUCAGAUCAUGAAACGCCGCCCUGUCUGGACAGACCUCAACCCCAAAGCCGUCACAAAUGAUGAACUUUUUGGCAUCAUCAACCCAGCCACACGAGAAUGGAAAGAUGGACUCUUCUCUUCCAUCAUGCGAGAGCAUGCCAACAUCUCCCAUGAUGGGCCCAAGUGGAUUUUAUUGGAUGGUGACAUAGAUCCGAUGUGGAUAGAGUCUCUGAACACUGUCAUGGAUGAUAACAAGGUGCUGACCCUAGCAAGCAAUGAGAGGAUUCCUCUCAACCCCACAAUGCGCCUCCUCUUUGAGAUCAGCCACCUGCGCACAGCCACUCCAGCAACUGUCUCCAGGGCAGGGAUCCUGUACAUCAACCCUGCAGACCUGGGGUGGAACCCUCUGGUGAGCAGCUGGAUUGACCAGAGGGAAGUCCAGACAGAGAGAGCCAACCUAACCAUCCUGUUUGACAAAUAUCUUCCUACCUGCUUAGACACACUCAGAACCAGAUUUAAGAAGAUAAUUCCAGUUCCAGAGCAGAGCAUGGUUCAGAUGGUGUGCUACCUUCUUGAGUGUCUCCUAACCAAGGAGGAAAUUCCCACAGACUGCCCCAAGGAAAUUUAUGAGCUCUACUUUGUGUUUGCUGCCAUCUGGGCUUUUGGUGGUGUGAUGGUCCAAGAUCAGCUUAUGGACUACCGGGCAGAGUUCAGCAAAUGGUGGCUGACCGAGUUCAAGACAGUCAAGUUUCCUUCCCAGGGAACUGUCUUUGAUUUCUACAUAGACCCAGAAACCAAGAAAUUUGAGCCUUGGGCCAAGCUCAUCCCCCAGUUUGAAUUUGACCCUGAGAUGCCUUUGCAGGCCUGCUUGGUGCACACGAGUGAGACCAUCCGAGUGUGCUACUUCCUAGAACGGCUCAUGGAGCGGCGGCGGCCAGUCAUGCUGGUGGGCUCUGCUGGCUCGGGCAAGUCUGUGCUGGUGGGAGCAAAACUGUCCAGCCUUGACCCUGAGGAAUACCUGGUUAAAAACGUGCCCUUCAACUACUACACUACAUCAGCCAUGCUGCAGGCUGUCCUGGAGAAGCCUCUAGAAAAGAAAGCUGGCAGAAAUUAUGGUCCUCCAGGCAACAAGAAGCUCAUCUAUUUGAUUGAUGACAUGAACAUGCCUGAGGUGGAUGCCUACGGGACUGUGCAGCCCCAUACUGUCAUCAGACAGCAUCUAGACUAUGGGCACUGGUAUGACCGGAACAAGCUGUCUCUGAAAGAGAUCAUGAACGUACAAUAUGUCUCCUGUAUGAACCCCACUGCAGGCAGCUUUACCAUCAACCCACGACUUCAGCGCCACUUCAGUGUGCUUGCCCUCUCCUUCCCGGGAACCGAUGCCCUCGCCUCAAUUUAUAGCACCAUCCUCACUCACCACCUGAAGCUCGGAAACUUCCCAGCCUUACUGCAGAAAUCCAUCACCCCACUGAUCAACCUAGCCCUCGCCUUCCACCAGAAAAUUGCCACCACAUUUCUGCCCACAGCGAUCAAAUUCCACUACAUUUUCAAUCUCAGAGAUUUUGCCAACAUUUUUCAGGGCAUUCUUUUCUCCUCAGUGGAAUGUGUAAAGUCCACACAAGACCUUGUAAAGCUCUAUCUGCAUGAAUCUAACCGAGUUUAUCGGGAUAAAAUGGUAGAAGAAAAUGACUUUGAUCUUUUUGAUAAAAUCCAGACAGAAGUAAUCAAGAAAAAUUUUGAUUUUGAUGACAUUGAGUUGAUGGUGCAACAGAACCAAAGCCUGAACAUUUACUGCCACUUUGCAAAUGGCAUUGGUGAGCCCAAGUAUAUGCCAGUGCGAUCAUGGGAACUUCUGACCCAGACUCUGCUGGAAGCCCUGGAGAGCCACAAUGAAGUGAACACAGUGAUGGACCUCGUUCUCUUUGAGGAUGCCGUGCGCCACGUUUGUCACAUCAAUCGCAUCUUGGAGUCUCCACGAGGAAAUGCCCUGCUGGUGGGUGUAGGCGGGAGCGGCAAGCAGAGUCUGACAAGGUUGGCGGCCUUCAUCAGUUCAAUGGACGUAUUCCAGAUCACACUGCGCAAGGGCUACCAGAUACCUGAUUUCAAGGCAGACCUGGCCAGCCUGUGUCUGAAAGCCGGAGUGAAGAACCUCAGCACCGUGUUCCUCAUGACAGAUGCGCACGUGGCUGACGAGAGGUUCCUUGUGCUCAUCAAUGAUCUCCUGGCAUCUGGAGAGAUUCCAGAUCUCUACUCCGAUGAUGAAGUUGAGAACAUCAUAAACAAUGUGAGGAAUGAAGUCAAGAGCCAGGGUCUGGUGGACAACAGAGAGAGCUGCUGGAAGUUCUUUAUAGAUCGGGUCCGACGACAACUGAAGGUGACUCUUAGUUUCUCCCCAGUGGGCAACAAGCUGAGGGUCCGCAGCAGGAAGUUCCCGGCCAUCGUGAACUGUACGGCCAUCAACUGGUUCCACGAGUGGCCUCAGCAGGCACUAGAGUCCGUGAGCCUCCGCUCCUUGGAGAACACAGAGAAUAUUGAGCCUACAGUAAAGCAGUCAAUUAGCAAGUUCAUGGCCUUUGUCCACAAAAGUGUCAAUCAAGCAUCGCAGACCUACCUGAGCAAUGAUCAGCGCCACAACUACACAACUCCCAAGUCCUUUCUGGAGUUCAUCAGACUCUACCAGAGCCUCCUGCAGCACAAUGGGAGAGAGCUCAAGUCCAAAAUGCAGCGGCUUGAGAACGGGCUCCUGAAGCUUCAUAGCACGGCAGCCCAGGUGGAUGACCUGAAAGCCAAGCUGGCUGCCCAGGAAGUGGAGUUGAAGCAGAAGAAUGAAGAUGCAGACAAACUGAUUGAGGUGGUGGGUGUGGAGACCGCCAAGGUGAGCAGAGAGAAGGCCAUCGCAGACGAGGAAGAGCAGAAGGUGGCCCUCAUCAUGCUGGAGGUGCAGCACAAGCAGAAGGACUGUGAGGAGGACCUGGCUAAGGCAGAGCCAGCCCUCACAGCAGCGCAGGAUGCCCUCAACACCCUCAACAAGACCAACCUGACAGAGCUGAAGUCAUUCGGCUCCCCGCCUCUGGCCGUCAGCAACGUCAGUGCUGCGGUGAUGGUGCUCAUGGCCCCCAGGGGCAAGGUGCCCAAGGACCGCAGCUGGAAGGCUGCUAAGGUCACCAUGGCCAAGGUGGACAGCUUCCUGGACUCCCUCAUCCACUUUGACAAGGAGAACAUUCAUGAGAACUGCCUCAGAGCCAUCAGGCCCUAUCUUCAAGACCCUGAAUUCAACCCAGAGUUUGUGGCCACUAAGUCCUAUGCCGCUGCAGGCCUCUGCUCCUGGGUCAUAAACAUCGUGAGGUUCUAUGAAGUCUUCUGUGAAGUGGAGCCCAAGCGCCAAGCAUUGAGCAGAGCCACCUCGGACCUCACAGCUGCACAGGAGAAGCUGGCAGCCAUCAAAGCCAAGAUCGCUCACCUUAAUGAAAACCUGGCAAAGCUCACGGCAAAAUUCGAGAAAGCAACAGCAGAGAAACUCAAGUGUCAGCAAGAAGCCGAAGUGACUGCAAGCACCAUCUCCCUUGCAAACCGCCUGGUUGGAGGACUUGCUUCUGAAAAUGUGAGGUGGGCUGAAGCGGUGCAAAACUUCAAACAACAGGAAAGGAUGUUAUGUGGAGACAUUCUACUUAUCACAGCUUUCAUUUCUUACCUGGGCUUCUUUACCAAAAAAUAUAGGCAGAGCCUCAUGGAUAGAACCUGGAGACCCUACUUGAGCCAGCUAAAAGUUCCCAUUCCAGUCACCCCCUCCCUGGAUCCCCUGAGGAUGCUGACAGAUGAUGCUGACGUGGCUGCAUGGCAAAAUGAGGGCCUCCCCGCAGACCGCAUGUCCAUGGAGAAUGCCACCAUCCUUGUCAACUGUGAGCGCUGGCCACUCAUGGUUGACCCUCAGAUGCAAGGCAUCAAGUGGAUUAAAAACAAAUACAGUGAAGACCUCCAGGUCAUCCAGAUUGGUCAGAGAGGCUACCUUCAAACCCUAGAGCGUGCCCUGGAAGCUGGAGGUGUGGUGCUGAUUGAAAACCUAGAGGAGUCCGUGGAUCCUGUUCUGGGACCUCUGCUUGGGAGAGAAGUCAUUAAGAAGGGACGGUUCAUUAAAAUCGGAGACAGAGAGUGUGAAUAUAAUCCCAAAUUCCGGCUCAUCCUUCACACCAAGCUGGCCAAUCCUCAUUACCAGCCCGAGCUGCAGGCUCAGGCCACCCUGAUCAACUUCACUGUGACCAGGGAUGGCCUGGAGGACCAGCUGUUGGCCGCUGUGGUCAGCAUGGAGAGACCAGACCUGGAGAAGCUGAAGUCAGAUCUCACGAAGCAGCAGAAUGGAUUCAAAAUCACACUCAAAACAUUGGAAGACAACCUGCUCUCUCGCCUCUCCUCAGCCUCUGGGAACUUCCUGGGAGACACAGCACUGGUGGAGAGCCUAGAAAUCACCAAGCAGACUGCUGCAGAGGUGGAGGAAAAGGUCCAGGAGGCCAAGGUGACAGAAGUAAAAAUCAACGAGGCCCGGGAGUACUAUCGGCCAGCAGCUGCCAGAGCCUCUCUGCUCUACUUCAUCAUGAACGACCUCAGCAGGAUCCACCCGAUGUACCAGUUCUCUCUCAAGGCCUUCAGCAUUGUUUUCCAGAAGGCUGUGGAGAGGGCUGCUCCCAGUGAAAACCUCAAGGAACGAGUGACCAAUCUGAUAGACAGCAUUACCUUCUCAGUGUAUCAGUAUACCACUCGUGGACUCUUUGAGUGUGAUAAGCUGACCUACCUUGCCCAGCUCACCUUUCAGAUUCUCCUCAUGAACCAGGAAGUCGAUGCAGCAGAGCUGGAUUUUCUGCUCCGAUUGCCAGUAGAGUCAGGUACCCCCAGCCCGGUGGAGUUUCUCUCCCAUCAGGCCUGGGGAAUCAUCAAGGCUCUUUCGUCACUGGAGCAGUUCUGCAAUCUGGAUCGGGACAUUGAGGGAUCUUCCAAGAGCUGGAAAAAGUUUGUGGAGUCAGAGUGUCCUGAAAAGGAGAAGUUCCCCCAGGAGUGGAAGAACAAGACAGCCCUGCAGCGUCUCUGUAUGAUGAGGGCCAUGCGGCCUGACCGGAUGACUUAUGCCAUGCGAGACUUUGUUGAAGAGAAGUUAGGAAGCAAAUACGUAGUAGGAAGAGCACUUGAUUUUGCAUCCUCAUUUGAAGAAUCUGGACCAGCCACUCCCAUGUUUUUUAUCCUGUCUCCAGGGGUAGACCCACUGAAAGAUGUGGAAAAUCAAGGAAAAAAACUUGGAUAUACCUUUAACAAUCGAAACUUCCACAAUGUGUCUUUGGGGCAAGGACAGGAGGUAGUGGCUGAGGCUGCACUGGACCUGGCUUCCAAGAAAGGACACUGGGUUAUUCUGCAGAACAUCCACCUGGUGGCCAAGUGGCUCAGCACACUGGAGAAGAAGCUGGAGGAACUCAGCGAGGACAGCCACCCGGAGUUCAGAGUGUUCAUCAGCGCUGAGCCUGCGCCCUCCCCUGAAGGCCACAUUAUCCCACAGGGCAUCCUGGAAAACUCCAUUAAGAUCACCAAUGAGCCACCCAUGGGCAUGCAUGCCAACCUGCACAAGGCCCUGGACAACUUCACUCAGGACACUCUGGAGAUGUGUUCCCGGGAGACAGAGUUUAAGAGUAUCCUCUUUGCUCUUUGUUACUUUCAUGCCGUGGUGGCAGAAAGACGGAAGUUUGGGCCCCAGGGAUGGAAUCGGUCCUACCCCUUUAACACGGGAGACCUUACCAUCUCCGUGAAUGUGCUCUACAAUUUCCUGGAGGCCAACACAAAGGUGCCUUAUGAUGACUUGCGCUACCUGUUCGGUGAGAUCAUGUAUGGGGGCCAUAUCACAGAUGACUGGGACAGGAGACUCUGCAGAACCUAUCUGGAGGAAUUCAUUAAGCCAGAGAUGUUGGAAGGAGAGCUUUACCUGGCCCCAGGGUUCCUACUCCCAGGCCACAUGGACUACAGCAGCUAUCAUCAGUACAUCGAUAUGGAGCUGCCCCCAGAGUCACCCUACCUCUACGGCCUCCACCCAAAUGCUGAGAUAGGUUUCCUGACCCAGACAUCCGAAAAGCUCUUCCGCACAGUGCUGGAGCUGCAGCCACGGGACAGCCAAGCUGGAGAUGGAAUUGGCACCACAAGAGAAGAAAAGGUCAAGGCCCUUCUGGAAGAAAUACUGGAGCGGGUAACUGACGAGUUUAACAUCCCAGAUCUGAUGGCCAAAGUGGAAGAACGCACCCCUUACAUUGUAGUUGCCUUCCAAGAGUGUGAACGCAUGAACAUCCUUACCAGAGAGAUCCAGCGCUCACUGAAGGAGUUACAACUCGGCUUAAAGGGGGAGCUUACCAUGACCAGCGACAUGGAAAACUUACAGAAUGCCCUGUUCCUAGACACCGUGCCAGAGUCCUGGGCUGGGCGAGCCUACCCUUCCACAGCAGGCCUGGCAGUCUGGUUUCUGGACCUCCUCAACAGAGUCAAGGAGCUUGAGACAUGGACCACUGACUUCACAAUGCCCUCCACUGUGUGGCUGACAGGCUUCUUCAACCCGCAAUCCUUCCUUACCGCCAUCAUGCAGUCCAUGGCCCGCAAAAAUGAAUGGCCGCUAGACCAGAUGGCCUUGCAGUGUGACGUGACCAAGAAGAACAGAGAGGAGCUCCGGAGCCCUCCUCGAGAGGGGGUCUACGUCCAUGGCCUCUUCAUGGAAGGUGCCCGCUGGGACACACAGGCUGGAGUCAUUGCAGAGGCAAGGCUGAAGGACCUGACACCCGCCAUGCCUGUGAUGUUCCUCAAGGCCAUCUCAGCAGACAAGCAGGAUUGCCGCAGUGUCUAUUCUUGUCCAGUGUACAAGACUUGUCAGCGGGGACCCACCUACAUAUGGACUUUCAACCUGAAGACUAAGGAAAACCCAUCUAAAUGGGUUCUAGCUGGAGUCGCCUUGCUUCUCCAGAUUUAGCUUCCAAAGGCUACCUAACAGAGAAAUGGGUGAACAGAUACUUAAAAAGAUAAAAAAUCAUGGGCAAUGGAUUUCUGUAGAAUUCCUAUAGGGGGACUUGGUUGCUUAAAGUGAGGUGGAGCUAGAGAGUGGGCUGAAGAGCUAUGG